GUUUUAGCGGAUUCCUGCAACGGACAUUUGAACCUGGCCAAAAAAAAAUGGUCGUUACGUGUGAGAUCAGCUUCGAUAAUAAUAGACACGGCACUUUCUAUGCCGGUCAAUUGGUCAAUGGCUGUGUGACCCUCAAGUGCGACAGAUCCAAGGAGGUUCAAGCCGUUCUGCUCAAGGUAGUUGGAUAUUCCAUAACCAAAUGGAGUGAGAAAAGUCUGGGCUCGUCCAAGCUGUAUGCAGGCCGUGAGGAUUAUCUAUCAUCCAACUCUUAUCUGCUGGGUUCCGAGCAAAACAACAAUAGACACACCAUUCAGGCUGGCGUCCACACUUACACCUUUGCCUGCCAGCUGCCCUACCAGUGUCCCUCAUCCUUUGAAGGACGCCAUGGCUGCAUUCGUUACAUUGUCAAAGUCCUGCUGAUCAGACCCUGGAAAUUUGAUCAGGCCUACACCAAAGGUUUUACGGUGCUAAAGAUGCUGGAUCUGAAUUUUGAUACGCCACAAUUGCGAUUGGCUGCCCACAGCGAGGGUUAUCGCACCUUCUGCUGCGGUCCCUGCAAAACGGAUCCACUGAAACUGGAACUUCAUCUGCCCCAAGCUGGUUAUGUGCCUGGUCAGAAAAUACCCGUGACCGUGGUGGUGGUCAAUAACACAGCCGUGGCCGUCUCCGAGCUGCGACUCUCCCUUGUCAUGUUGGUGCGUUACUACAGUGUGAGUCCAGAGCAUUCGCGAGUGGAACGGAUCAUCAUUUCGCGGGCCAAAGGUGACUCCGUACUGAAACAGUGCACCCGCUCGCUGACCAUUGACCUGCCUGUGCCCUCUACUCCACCCACCUGCGUGGAGCUGAGCAACCUCAUCCAAAUCGCUUACCAGCUGGAGGUUGAGGCUCUCGUAAAGAGCCUGCGGGAGCAGCAACUGAUGGUUAUGCCAGUCACCAUUGGCACCAUUCCUUUGCCGGUUGCCGGCAUUGUGGUACAGCAACCUCCCCGUCGAAGUGGCCACUACGAGGGUCCGCAAUCCAGAAGGGAUCCUCCCGAUGAGCUACCCAUGGUGACGGCACUGGGCAAUGUACCCAACGAUCCAACUCCUAGUUCAACGGAUAUGGAUCUUCCCAAAUAUGAGGAAUCCAAGCACACGCAUCGCGGCAACAUCAACGAGGAGGAGUUAAAUGCCUUUGGAAGCAAUGAGUUUGCUCCACUGUAUCCUGUGUACAACAUCCCUAGUCCAACGCCUGUGCUUUCAGCGAAUACACGGAAUGCAGGUUUUGUCAAUCAGAGCUUUGUUAAAUAAAGCUUUAUGUUUUUGUUAAUUUUCC